CUCUCUCUCUCUCUCUCUCUCUCUCUCAAACACAAACCAAAAAUUCUCCCUUCCUCUUCUUCUCUCUAAAUCCUUGACAGAAUCCUCAUACCACUCUAUAUAGGAUCACACAGCAGCCUUUUGAUCAUCUGCCCACUUCUUCUGCUUCAUAUUUGAUCCUCACAAGUUUGGCUUUUUUUUUGGUUCUCUUAGGAAAAAAGGUUGAAUUUUGUACAAUUAUUGACGGAUGCAGAUGGGUUUUGUGCAAUCGUGGGUUUCUCUGAAAUGUAAUCUUCAUCUCUGAGUUGUUGUUCCUCGGUCUGUGCUGAUCAUAAUGUUGAAUUGAACAAGUAUCAUAUGCAUAUGAUUGUGUUCUGUUCCUGGUGGAUUCUCUCAUUUCUUUUGCUUAAUUGUUUAUCUGAUCAAGUAUACUGAUGUUUUGGAUUUCUCUGAUGGUUUUGUGAUCUGGGUAUUGCCAAAGUUCUGAUCUUUUUGGUUUAUUUUUCUUGCAAAACUCUGCUUUAUAACUGCAGCCUCUGUUUUUGGUGUUCAAUGAUGGAGGCUCAAUUUGGUCACUUGGAUCAUAUUGAUCGGGUUAAUCCGAACCGUUUGAGUUAUAAUGAGUUUACAUGGAUCAAGUUCUCUAUUUUGAUGUCAAAAUUCUUUCCUCUUUCGGGUGUCUUUAGGCUUCGGGAAUAUCCAUUCCUGGAAGACUCGUAUUCUUCAUCUCAAAGUUACCAUCUUUUAGUGUUCAUCAAGGAACCAAACUGAUAAAACUGUUAUGUUUAUCCCUCAUUCUAUUAGAGGUUCUAAAAAGUUUUCUGAUUUGCUUCUGUUGAACUAUGAUCAGGUGAUCCGUCACUGAGUUUCCUUCCAGGUCAAGUUUUUUAGUGUUUGGUGUUUUGAUAUGAAUUCCUUGAAUGCUCAAGUCCAAGUUCAUGGUUUUUGUUUCUGACACAUUCCCGAUCAUAUGUUGAUUGGACAUAAGUUGUUGCAUUAUGUGUUGUUGUACUUGCUGAGUUGCUGUCAUUUUAAACAGUUUUUUUUAUAGGUAUGCUUUCUAUUUGUAGGUUUGAGCUAGGCAUGAAGUUUGUUGAUCAAUAACAUAUUUUUGAAGGUAGAUACUGCUACAUAGAUAAGAACAUUAUGAAUUUCGGAGACAUUAGAUGCUAAUGCUGGAUAUUUUGAAUUUCCGAAAUAUUAGAACUACUUUGCCAAGCUUGGCAACUGCGAAUUUAGGCAGUGCCAAUGGAUGCCACAGCAAGCGGAACCCCAACUAUACAAUACCAUAACAUUCCUGACCAGCCAAUUACCACCAUUGUUGCCACUCCUGUACCAACAUAUGAAAGGCGGCAACGCCAUUGCUUUGGGACCUCCUCAACCCCCGGAGAGUUCCCUUUAGCUGCCAACCCCUCAAUUGUCCUUCAUGUUCUUACUGCUUGCAAUUUGGACCCUCAAGACCUUGCAAAGUUAGAGGGAACAUGUUCCUUUUUCAGGCAGCCUGCAAACUUUGCUCCUGACUUUGAUUUGUGCAUAUCUGAACUUGCUGCUCUGGACAUGUGCCAGAAGAGAGCUAUAUUUAAGCCAAUGAUGGCUGAACAGCGCCAAGAAUUGAAGCAAAGAUGUGGCGGAUCAUGGAAACUGGUCCUGAGGUUUCUAUUAGCUGGAGAAGCAUGUUUCAGAAGGGAGAAAUCGCAGGCCAUUGCUGGGCCUGGUCACAGCAUUGCUGUGACUUCAAAAGGAGCUGUCUACUCAUUUGGUUCUAAUAGCUCAGGACAGCUUGGACAUGGCACCACUGAAGAGGAAUGGAGGCCUAAGCCAAUCAGAUCGCUGCAAGGCAUUCGUAUUAUUCAUGCAGCUGCUGGGGCUGGCAGGACAAUGCUGAUUAGUGAUGCGGGGAAGGUGUAUGCCUUUGGGAAGGACUCCUUUGGUGAAACUGAGUACGGUGUUCAAGGAUCAAAGCUGGUUACCACUCCACAAUUGGUUGAGUCCUUGAAAGAUAUAUUUGUGGUGCAAGCUGCAAUUGGAAACUUCUUCACAGCUGUGUUGUCAAGGGAAGGCAGGGUAUAUACAUUUUCUUGGGGAAGUGACAGCAAACUUGGUCACCAAACUGAACCAAAUGAUGUUGAGCCCCAUCCUUUAUUGGGAGCACUUGAGAAUGUUCCUGUGGUGCAAAUUGCAGCUGGAUACUGCUACCUUCUUGCUCUGGCCUGUCAGCCUAAUGGAAUGUCUGUUUACUCUGUUGGCUGUGGCUUGGGUGGCAAGCUUGGACAUGGUUCAAGAACUGAUGAGAAGCUCCCACGACUGAUUGAACAAUUUCAGCUUUUGAACCUUCAGCCCAUGGUGGUUGCAGCUGGUGCCUGGCAUGCUGCUGUGGUUGGCCAGGAUGGAAGGGUCUGCACGUGGGGUUGGGGUCGUUAUGGGUGCUUGGGUCAUGGGAAUGAAGAGUGUGAAUCAGCUCCAAAGGUUGUGGAAGCAUUGAGCAAUGUGAAAGCUGUACACAUAGCUACAGGAGACUACACAACCUUUGUGGUCUCUGAAGAUGGUGAUGUGUACUCAUUUGGCUGCGGAGAAUCAUCUAGUCUUGGACAUAAUUCUGCUGCCGAUGGACAGGGAAAUAGGCAUGCAAAUGUAUUGGCUCCAGAGCUUGUGUCAUCACUCAAGCAAGUAAACGAGCGGGUUGUACAGAUCAGUCUAACCAAUUCGAUAUACUGGAAUGCUCACACUUUCGCACUAACUGAAUCAGGGAAGCUAUAUGCGUUUGGGGCAGGGGACAAAGGUCAACUAGGAAUUGAACUCGUUGCCAAUCAGACUGAAAGGGGAAAUCCAGAGCUGGUUAAUAUUGAUCUCAGAUAGUUCAUCAAUAUCAACACUCAAAUUCCUUUCCCCAUCUCACCGUCAUGCUUUAUUCAUCCUCUAAUUUAUCCUCAUCGUGACUGAUUGCAUUUGAUGUUUAGAUUUUCAUGUCCAUUCUUGUACAUAGAAGAAACAAAGGAUUUGUGAAGGUUCAAGCUAGGUACAUAGGGGCCUAAACAAAUACAUUGGUUGUUUAUAUUUUAAAAAUUUGGCUUGCCUCAGGCUUCA